UUUGAUUGCGAGGGCAGGAGCGGCGAGGUUGAGAGUGUGGGAGAUCGAUGGGGGAGCAGGCAGAGCUGCUUCCGGGGCUCACCUUUUCGAGGAGCUGAAUUCGAGGCACCGUCUACCAAAGGAUUGUUUGGCGCCAGAAUUUGAGUGGCUUUUCUCACUGAUUGCAGCGCUGGACAUCAGGAGGAGAUGGCAUCUCUCUCACAUUUCUUACUGGUCCCCACACGCCUGAUGCUGAAGGUCUUUAAUGUUAGGUCCCGGCUGUCUAUAUAUAGUGCUGCUUCCCUUGCUGCUGUCUUCUACUGUUGGUGGGCCCUAUGGCAGGUGGUGUCUAGGGGCCCUUUCCAGGCGCUCCGCAAGAAGAGGCGGGCGACUCCACCAAGAUGCCUCACUGAUGCCUCGCAUGGGGAGCACAGCUUUGUGACGCUAAAAAACUCAGGGGUGCGUCUCCACUGUGUUGCUGCUGGCGAGGAAGGAGCCCAGCUGAUGCUUUUCUUGCAUGGAUUUCCCCAGAACUGGUUUGCAUGGCGCCAUCAAUUGCAGGAGUUUAAGCGGGCAUUUAAGGUGGUGGCCCUCGAUUUGCGGGGCUAUGGCUUUUCCGAUGCACCAGCUGGUUCUGAGCACUAUCAGAGGGAAGCUCUGCUGGCAGAUGUACAUGGUGUCAUUGACGCUCUGAGCCCCAGUGAGAAGAAUGAGAUUUCUAAGUGCAUCCUGGUGGGGCAUGACUGGGGUGGAUCCAUAGCUUCUGAGUUUGCUGCCUGUUACCCCAAUUUGGUGGAGAAGCUUAUUAUUAUGAAUGCUGUUCAACCACAUGUCUUAGCAGAAUAUUUUUCACAAUAUCCCACCCAGCUGCUGCGAUCCAAUUACAUGUUCCUGUUCCAGUUGCCAAAGCUGCCAGAGCUCCUGUGGUCCUUAGAUGACUUCUAUCUAAUAAAGUCUGUUAUGAGUAGCAAGAAUCAUUUGACAGAGGAGGAGUUGGAGGCUUAUCUGUAUGGCCUUUCGAAGGACAGUGGUCUAGAACCCUCCAUGAAUUACUACAGGAACAUGUCCACUUGGGUUCGUGCAAAGUGCAAUGAUAUUGUGGUGCCCACCCUGCUGAUCUGGGGAGAAAAGGAUGUAUUCUUGGAACAAGGGCUUAUCAUACCUAUGGAGCAGAAUGUGUGCAAGAACAUCAAGGUGCAGCUCAUCCCUGAAGCUGGCCACUGGGUCAAUGAGGAGCAACCUAAGAAAGUCAAUCAACUGAUGUGGGCUUUCCUGCUUCAGAGAGACUGAGAUGGAAAGAGGGAGUGACUGCUUUGUGCACUACAAGCAUCCCUCCCACCCAGCAUGCAGGAAAUUACAAGAACAGCCAUUUGACCUGACACUGGAGACAUGGUCCUUCUCUGUGUCCGGUGGAAUGUUUCUACCCUCUAUUGGUCCAUGAGUCCCAUGCAGCUUUUAACUGGUUUUGCUACAAGUCUGUGUUCCUUUGCACUACAAUAAAAAGGAUUUGCUUCAGGGUUUCUGAUACGGGCUUCCUGGUGGUGAAACUGCACAGCUGUUGCAUUCAGCAGAAGGUCUUCCAGCUCCCUCCCUCUGUAGCAUACAGGCAUUAAUACUCACAGAAGACCACAGCUUUUCCUUCUAUAUUGAUUUUUGUUGAGUGUGCCUUAGCACAGCAGAAUCCGGAGCUAAGCUAUGUUCCCUGUUGCUGUUUCACACCCAUUUUCAUUGGCAAACUACAUAGGAAAGCAACCCUUGGCAUGGAUCACAUUGAAAUAAACAUUUUCAGCCUUCUUACUUCACUGUCUACCUGGAAUGAGUUAAUGACACAUUAGGAGGAAGCUGCUUCUUAACAUGUGUUAUUACCUGGGAAAAUGACUGUGCCUGAGAACAUCCUGGUAACACUUAGGGCAAUUAGUUGGAUGUCUUGAGAAGAGGCUUUAAUUAAUCCAAUGCUCUUGCCAAAGAGAGUGUGUAGUGAUUGAUCUCAUAGUGUGUGCCUUGUCCCGCAUGCAUGGUAGACGAGAAACGACAAGACCACCACCGGUGGGUGUGUACAUAUGUGCAAAAGGAACAUAUAUAGGUGACUUAUAGGAACACAAUUGGGUGGAAGCUUCACAUCUGCCAGGACUAAAGCUAGUCAUUGCUCUGGGAGAGAAUGUCUGCCCAUGAAGCAGCCUCCAUAAUAAAGAGGAGUUUUGAUACU